UAAAAUGGUGAAGCCAGUUGCUACUGUUACCAUAAGAGCCAGCUCCGACUUUCUUUAAUUUCUUGCUACAUCUGUUGCUAAGUUAAUUUCAGUCCUAAUGGGGUUUCAUCUCCCACUCAUCUUUGCUAUUCUCAGUCUAGCAGCGGUUGCACUGGCAAACAAUGCUGCUCAACCAGCACCUCAACUUUACUGGAACUCCGUCCUGCCAAACACACAGAUGCCAAGAUCUAUCAGUGAACUUCUGCAUCCUGACUCCACAAAUGAAGAAAAGAGCAAACCUGAAAUUUUCCCAUUGCAGGGCAAUAGAGUUUACACUCAAAGCCAUUAUAAAAAACGUCCUCCUCCUCCAUCUGACGAGGGCAAACCUGAAAAUUUCCCAUUGGCCAAUAGCUUUUACACUCAAACCCAUUAUAAAAAACGUCCUCCUCCUCCAUCUGACGAGGGCAAACCUGAAAAUUUCCCAUUGGGCAAUAGCCAUUAUUCUCAAACAGGGUAUGCAAAAGGUCCUCCUCCUCCUCCUAAAAUUUUCCCAUUUUCAGGUUACAGUCGAAAAAGGUAUGGAGGAAGUCCUCCUCCUCCUUCUCCAUUCGUUCAAAAAGACUAUGGACAGAACGAUAAACAUUACGUUCAAAAAAACUAUGGAAAAGUUCCUCCUCCACCUGACAAUCAACUACUCCAUUAUAAAGACUUGGCUAUUUUCUUCUUCGAGAAGGACAUGCGCCCUGGCGCAACAAUGAAGUUCCAAUUCCCUAGAAAUUCAAACACGGCUACUUUCCUGCCACGCGAAAGUGCUCAAUCGAUCCCCUUCUCCUCUAAGAAACUACCAGAAAUUUUCAACCAUUUUUCAGUGAAGCCAACAUCUGAGGAAGCCAAAACAAUUAAGCAAACAAUCGAAGAGUGUGAAGCUCCAGGCCUUAAGGGAGAGGAAAAAUAUUGCGCCACAUCUUUAGAAUCAAUGGUUGAUUUUAGCACUUCGAAGCUUGGAACAAGAAACGUUGAAGCAAUCUCAACGGAGGUAUUGGAAGAAGGAGCCACCAAGUACAUGCACAACUAUACAACAAUGCCGGGACUGAAGAAGUUGGAAGGUGACAAAGUCGUUGUGUGUCAUAAGGAGAACUAUCCCUAUGCUGUGUUUUUCUGCCAUGCAAUAAAACAAACAGCAGCUUAUGUUCUCUCCCUGAAAGCCGAUGAUGGGAUGAAGGUGAAAGCAGUAACCAUCUGCCAUCUAGACACAUCAGAAUGGGACCCAGAGCAUUUGUCCUUCCAAAUCCUCAACGUUAAGCCCGGAACCACUCCCAUCUGCCAUUUCCUUUCCACUGAUGCUAUUGCCUGGGUUCCAAAACACAAGUCUGCAUGAUCAUCACUUAGCACUGUACGUAUAAUAAGCUUGGUCGGGUUGCACCCUAGGCCUGCAUAAUUAUCUCCCUACUUAUUUCUGCCUCUUUAUCAUGCGGUGUAAGAUAUAUGAUGAGAUGAAGUUUUCUCUUGUAACUAUGUAGACUACUUCAACUUGUACUCAUAAUAAAGCACGCUGUUGGGGGGUUCUACUUAAUUUCGUUCUCUCCAAUGUUUGAGUGUUGAA